AUGUUAUUGGGCGAACUGCUGGUAAGCUUCUUCCGCUACUACGCCUCGUACAAUUUCCAACAGUACGCCAUUUCGGUUCGGGCCGGUUGCAGCCUCUCCAUAGACGAAUGUCGGUACGCGAAAGCGCCCAAAAACGAUCCCCACCAAUGGAAAUACCUGUGCAUCGAAGAGCCUUUCGAUUUGACCAAUACGGCUCGCUCUGUGUUCGACACGGAGGCGUUAAAGCACUUAAAAACUUUGAUAGGCUCCGCCUACGCGGAAUUGGACGAAUCGAAGACGCUCGACAACCUGUUGCCGGCGGUGGGGGGAGAUGGUGAAGAGGGGAGAUGA